AUGACGCUGAUUCACGUCGUCCUUUUCAGAUUUCGUCCGGAGGUAACAGCGGAGCACAAGGCAACGUUUGUCACGGAACUCAAGAAGCUCAAAAAUCUGUCCUGUGUGAAGGAAGGACGACUGGUUGUAGGGGGCCCGUCCGUGACAGACCCAAUUGAAAGGAGCAAAGGGUUCGAAUUUUGCUUGGUCAGUUAUCACGAGAACAUAAAGGCGUUAGAAGAAUAUCAAGCAAGUAAGGAGCAUCAUUGGGUGACAAGUACAUACAUGUUCCCCUUUAAAGAGGAUUUAUGCCGAUUUGACUUUGAAGUUGGUGCAGACGAUGAGUACAUGUGCAAUUUCACAGAAAUUGCAAACUGUUUAAGCAAAGUUCAAGACGCGAACGGUCUCAAUGGUGUUAAAAGUUCAUAG